CUGUGAGUGAUCCGCAGCCGAGUUCAAAGGACACAAGCCCUGCCCUUGAGUCUGCCUGUGUGAACGCAGCGGCGUUCUUUAUCAGGUAGAAGUUCUGCUGUGAGACGGCCACUGCAGCCUCGGUCAACCUGGGAAACACUUUCUUCUGCUGGAGCUCGUCCACCAAUCAGAGCCAAGAUGCCCAAAACGGUCAAUGUUCGCGUCACCACGAUGGACGCGGAGCUGGAGUUCUCCUUCCACCCCAGCACCACAGGGAAGCAGCUCUUUGACCAGAUUGCCCGGACCAUCGGACUGCGUGAGGUUUGGUACUUUGGGCUUCAGUUUGUUGAUGCCAAAGGAUUCAUCACAUGGCUGAACUUUGAGAAGAAGGUCAUGGCCCAGGAUGUGAAGAAGGAAUCUACCCUGCAGUUCAAGCUGAGGGUCAAGUUUUACCCAGAAGAUGUGACCGAGGAACUGAUCCAGGACGUCACCCGGAGGCUCUUCUUCCUGCAGGUGAAGGAGGACGUCAUGGGAGAGGAUAUCUACUGUCCUCCAGAGUCCGCCGUGCUGCUGGCCUCCUAUGCCAUCCAGGCCAAGUACGGAGAGUACAGCAAGUCAGUGCACAAACCGGGUUACCUGUCCUCCGAGCGCCUGCUGCCAAAGAGAGUUCUGCAGCAACAUAAGCUGUCCAAGGAGCAGUGGGAAGAGAGAAUCCAGGUCUGGCACGAGGAGCACAGAUCAAUGCUGAAGGAAGAGGCCAUGAUCGAGUACCUGAAGAUCGCUCAGGACCUGGAGAUGUACGGCGUCAACUACUUUGAGAUCAAGAACAAGAAGGGCACAGAUCUGUGGUUAGGAGUUGACGCUCUGGGACUCAACAUCUAUGAGAAGGAGGACAAGCUGACUCCAAAGAUUGGAUUUCCCUGGAGUGAAAUUAGAAACAUUUCUUUCAAUGAUAAGAAAUUCAUCAUCAAGCCCAUAGACAAGAAAGCCCCUGAUUUCAUAUUCUAUGCCCCACGGCUGCGAAUCAACAAGCGCAUCCUGCAGCUCUGCAUGGGCAACCAUGAGCUCUACAUGCGCCGCCGCAAGACGGACACCAUCGAGGUCCAGCAGAUGAAGGCUCAGGCUAAAGAGGAGAGGCUGCAGAAGAAGAUGGAAAGGGAUCAGCUGGAGAGUGAGAAGAAGAGGAGGGAGGCCAUCGAGAAAGAAAAGGCGCAGAUGGAGAAGGAGAAGCAGGACCUGAUGAUGAGGCUCUACCAGUUUGAAGAGACAACCAAGAGAGCAGAGAAAGAGCUUCAGGAGCAGCUGGACAGGGCCAUGAGGCUGGAGGAGGAGAGGAGGAGGGUGGAGCAGGAGGCGGCCCGGCUGGAGGCUGAGAGGAUGGAGGCCAUAAUAGCCAAGGAGGAGCUGGCCAGGCAAGCUGAGGACCAGAUAAAGAGCCAGGAGCAGCUGGCUGCAGAGCUGGCCGAGUAUGGCGCCAAAAUUUCUCUGCUGGAGGAAGCUAAGAGAAUCAAGGAGGAAGAGGCUGAGACAUGGUGCAGCAAGGCUAAGGAAGUGGAGGAGAGUCUGAUCAAGACGAAGGAGGAGCUGCACAAUGUAAUGAGCACCACUAUUACAACUCCGGCUGCUGCUCCUUCUUCUUCUUCUUCUUCCUCAUCCUCGGACAGCGAGAGCGACCACGAGGACAACGAAGAGCAUAACGAAGAGCACAACGAAGAGCACAACGAAGAGCACAACGAAGAGUACAGCGCCGAGCUGCAGACGCAGGACAUCGACGACCACCGCCAGGAGGAGGAAAGGAUGACUGAGGCCGAGAAGAACCAACGUCUGCAGAAACAACUGAUGGACCUGAGCUCAGAGCUGGAAGAAGCCCGAAACGAGGACAUGAAGACCGCAAACGACCUGCUCCACGCUGAGAAUGUCCGAGCCGGCCGCGACAAGUACAAGACCCUGCGUCAGAUCCGUCAGGGCAACACCAAGCAGAGGAUUGAUGAGUUUGAGGCCUUGUAGAAAACCUCAGAGACCUGAAGACCUCUCCAAAAAAUACCUCAUGAAGGCCCUGUUCAGUGUAAUUUAAGUGUGAUGUAAUUGCAGCCACACCUGAUCGUUAAGACCCAGAAUUAGCCUUGAGCUGAUCUGUGUAAUAGCACCUCCAUGAGUGAGUCUUAUUGGUUUAACUUCUGAAAGUUUUGCAUGAAAGCACUGUGGUUAUUUUUUUUCUUUUUAGCACUCAAACAUCUCCAAAUGUGCUGUUUAGUCCCAUUAAAAUGUAUAAGCUGGAUGAUAUGUUUAUCAUUUUGGAAACAACAGAAAGCAACUGUGUUCCUGAUUUACUGUGUGAACAAAGCUGGUAUGAGGCGUUCUACGAAAAUCAAAAAAAAGUAAGGUUAUUGUCGUUUGUCUUUUCAGCUUUUGUACCGAUGUACCAAUCUGAAAUGGAUAAAUGCAGAUUUAUGUAGCGGACGUCCCAUAUUGCAAUCAUUGCCUUGUAGAACUGCAACAAAAAGAUUAUCUUUGUUAUCGAUUAAUGUGUUGAUUUUUUUUUUUUUUGAUUCAUUGUUUUGUCUAUAAAAUGGCAGCAAAGUAUGAAAAAUGUGUACAUUUUCAUCUUAAAUGCCUUGUUUUGUCCUAACUGUUCAAAACCAAAACAUAUUUUAUAAUAAUAUAAAACUGAUAAUUCUCACUUUUAAGAAGCUGCAACCAUUAAAUGUUAGUCAUUUUUGUUUGCUAAAUGACCUAAAACAAUCAAUCAAAUAUCAAAAUUGUUGCAGAUUAAUUUUCUGUCAAUCUACUUAUCAACUAAUCAUUGUUUCUGCUCUGCUGCUUUGUACACCUGUUUCAUCAGGGUGCAAAUAACAAUGCAAUUUAUUUAACUAGUUUUAAUAUGCUUAUGAUCUCAUAUAUAUAUAUGUAUUAUAUAUAUGUGUAUUAAAUUAAUUGGUUUUAUGACUUCAUGUCUUUACAACAGAAAACAGCUCAGGUGUUUCUGUUUUGCUUUUAUCACACAGGAACAUGUUCAGGCUUGUCUGGAUUUAAAAAUACAUUUUGUUGGUUUUAUUCUCAGUGUUUCCCAUCUUUAUUUCCAGGGUACUGACAUCCUGUUGCUGUUGAGGUUUAAAUAAUUUACUCUCAAGACCUUUACCUGGUUCAGCUUUAUAUUCAGGCAGUACAGACAGCUGCUGAUAUUAGCCUUUAUGUAUGAUAUCUCAUAAAUAUU